AUGGAAAGAAAGAUACCACUACUUCGCCUCUUUGUUGGACCGCCGGCGCGAACACAGUGGUCGGGGUGGCUGGUGGUUUCGGGAUCCCGUAGAAAUGCUUCUUUUAUGCCUCGGGUAUUAGCCACAGCUCGUAUUCAUUCAGUAAUUCUACCCCUUCUUCAUUCUUGGACCUCGUUUCUUAAUAUUGUGACUCUUCCAUGCUGUGUCUCAGGAACCUUUUCAAUACGGUCCGGAUUGCUAGCUCCCGUUCAUAGUUUUGCUACAGAUGAUACACGAGGAAUCUUUUUAUGGCGGUUCUUCCUUCUAAUGACCGGCAUAUCUAUGAUUCUUUUCUCCCAGAUGAAGCAGCAGGCAUCGGUCCGUAGAACCUAUAAAAAAGAGAUGGUUGUGGCGCGAAGUACUCUUGUGCACCUACGUCACUCGGCUCGCGCGCAACCCCGCCCCGUUAUGUUAUGGAAGAAUUGAACUUAUUGCUGGGCUGGUUAUUCAGAGCCAGCAAUUGGCUGCCGGAUUUCGUCCCGCAACUAGAAGAAGAUCGCUUCGGGGGUCACUAUGGCGUGGCUGAAUGUAGAGCAGUCCGCCCCUACAGCCUUUGAUCAGUAGAUUAUUUAGAACUUCGGAAGAUGGUCAAGGUAGCUUGCUUCCAAGCCACUGCACUAGAUGCGCAUGUAGUCAUAGUAGUCGGCUCAGAAUGCCUCUGUUCUAUACUAAAAGACUACUUCGGAUGAAUGGGGAAUUACGUCGCUCUUUGAUCUAAUAAGGCCUACGAGCUCUCUGUUUUAGUUUUAUGGCGGAGAUCUCUCCACACCAAGGAACCAAAUCACAAUGGAUCGAAGCCCUCCUUUUUCUUCCAAUUAGUGAAGCGGGAGUCGGGAAGUUUGCUCUUGUCUGAUGAAUAACAAGCGCUAUAAGGUCAUUUUUGUUUAGUAACAAGCCCUGUGAAAGCUAUCAUUAAUAGAGUGAGCGCUCAUCUCUUCGAUCUCUUUCUUUCUUUCUGGGGUGAAUAAGCUAGCUAAACCAGUUCCUGAGUUCAUGACUUCAGAAGUGACACUGAAAGUGAAAGCUGUCUAAUCGCUCUAAGCCAGUUGUUGAAGUGAGUUAAGGUCUUUCCGAGUUCGGGUCUUCUUGAUUUCAUGAGUUUAGGAGUUCAUGAGCUAAGCCAGAUCGCUAUUCCUGACUUGAUAGUCCUGUUUUAUUUCAAAUUUUCUUAUGAGUAAGGAAGCAAUCAAAGGGAUGCGCCUUACUAGGAGCUAAAGAUAGCAGCAUUCCCUUAAUUUAAUAGGCUGUCUACGGCAAUUUCUCUGUAGCAAGAAGCCCUGUGAAAGCCAUCUCAUAGGUGAUUACGGCCUGGGAAAACGAUAGAAAAAAGCCUUUAUUUUGUAAAGUAGCUGUCUUUAAAGUGCAAGUGAAAUAUCGACUUUCAUUCAACUUUAGAAAAACUAUAGUAAGGUAGCGAAGUUCAGAGGAGCGGCAGGCAAGUAAGAAGUUCAUCCAUUGAAGUUGAAGUAAACGAUUGAUCUCUAUCGUAUCAAGUAAAGGGAGUAAGAGAGCCACAUGAAUCGAUCUUCUUUAUUCAAUCUAGAUCCCCCUUGCAAUUGAUCUGUGCGAUAUCGAGUAUGCUAACGCGAAUCUCUAACGGUCGUAAUCAAGUCUCUCAAUCGUUUUCUCCUGUCGUUAACUCUCGAAACUCUUGCAAGGCUCUCAAACGGUCUAACUGUCGGAAACUUUCGUAAUCGUUCCAACCGGUCGAAACUUUCGUUAAUGGUCCAACUGUCGUAACGGUCGCGGGGGUUCGGGGGGACUAAUGGUAUAGAGAUAAGCCUUUGUAUAGUUUUCUUUGUGUAAUAUUAUUUAGCAUUAUCACUGAUUAAUUUCUUGAUCAGUGAUAAUGCUAAAUAAUAUUUUUCAACUUCUUUCUCCUCUUUUAUGUUUUCCCAAGGAAUCCUUCAUCAGUCUUCUUGCGCUCACACUCCUCAACAAAAUGGAGUAGCUGAGCGUAAAAAUAGACAUUUGAUAGAAAGAGCUCGCACAUUACUUAUUCAUAAUCAUGUUCCCCUCCGUUUUUGGGGUGAUGCUGUUCUUACUGCCUGCUAUUUAAUUAAUCGUAUGCCUUCCUCUGUUUUGCGGCAUAAGAGUCCUCAUUCUAUUCUUUAUCCAGAUCAAAAUCAAUUUCCUCUUCCUCCACGGGUGUUUGGGUGUACCAGUUUUGUUCAAAAUCUCACUCCCGGGAAAGACAAACUUCAACCAAAAUCCACCAAAUGUGUCUUCCUGGGGUACUCCCGUCUCCAAAAAGGUUACAAGUGCUAUGAUUCCAUUACAAACAGAUAUUUUAUUUCAGCAGAUGUAACCUUUUUCGAAACUUCUCCAUAUUUCUCGCCAAACACACUUAACCAAAAUGCCAUCACUACAGCUCUUCCCACUCCUACUCUUCCUGCUCCGAAGAUUGUUCCUCCUCUUCGGGUUUACUCAAGACGGCCUCACCCAAAUCCUCCACCUGCUAACCCAAUUGAUCUUUCUUCUCUUGAUACAGGUCCACAGACAACUCCCAGUGACUCAUUGCCUGCUUCAACAUCAUCUCCUGCACCGGUUGAGCCCUUAACAGACGAUGCUAAUCUUCCUAUUGCUCUCCGGAAAGGUACUCGAUCCACUCGUAACCCUUAUCCUAUUUAUAAUUUCUUGAGUUAUCACCGUUUGUCCCCUUCAUACCAUGCUUUCAUUUCCAAUUUAUCUACUGUCCCAAUACCUAAGACUGUGUCAGAAGCAAUGUCUCAUCCUGGUUGGCGCCAAGCCAUGAUUGAGGAGAUGACUGCACUUCAUACUAAUGGUACCUGGGAGAUAGUUCCAUUACCGCAGGGUAAAACUGCAGUUGGAUGUCGUUGGGUGUUUACAGUUAAGGUCGGACCAGAUGGCGAAGAUUGCUUCUGUUCGCCUACUUAUCUCUAUGGCAGCUAUGUUUCAUUGGCCUCUUCAUCAGUUGGACAUCAAAAAUGCCUUCUUGCAUGGAGAAUUGGCUGAAGAGGUAUACAUGGAGCAACCACCAGGGUUUGUUGCUCAGGGGGAGACUGGAUUAGUGUGUCGAUUACGUCGAUCUCUUUAUGGUCUUAAGCAAUCCCCGAGGGCAUGGUUUGGUCGGUUUAGUACUGUUGUCCAACAGUUUGGGAUGCUUCGAAGUGAGGCAGAUCAUUCAGUAUUCUACCGGCAUUCUUCUCAUGGCAAAUGCAUCUAUUUGAUAGUUUAUGUUGAUGACAUUGUCAUAACAGGUGAUGAUUGUGAAGGCAUUGCUCAACUCAUAGAUAACUACCCGUGGAUCACUCUACUAUAAGACCACCAGCUGCAUUAAGGAACUCCAGCGCCCGUACUGGAACGGAUUUCCGAUAGUUGGAAGGCAGCUGCACACAGCAUCUAAGAAAGAAAUUAACCUCCGAAGGUCCAACUCUUUGCUUUUUGCCUCAGAAGAAUGCCCUUGACAGUGAUGUUGUGCCUGUUUACUAUACUACGAAAUUACUGGUCUAUACAUUGAUUGCCGAAAAGGCUUUGAUGCCCCGGGUUUGAAGCCUCAUUCCACCCAUCCUUUGUUUGGAUAAUUGCCUAGCGCUCGAGGCAAGGUAGGAAUGCUCGGGCUGAGCAAAGACUUCAAAGUAAGUUCAGGCUGACUUCUAAACUAACCAAAUCGUGCAGAACUUCAUCGAGAAAGGGAUGCUGCUAUCCGUUCGACGAUCCUACUUCUGAUGUCACCCCCGCCUCUCCCUCCCAGUGGAAUAUCCCAACUAUUCUCUAUCCAAUUCCGGAAUGGAUCAUGAAAGAUUUUUUCUUGAGAUGCCGAUAAGGAACAGCCAAUUAUAGAAGCGGGUGGCAGGGAAUGAAAGCACUCCUGUGAUAGCAAAGUAUAGAGAUUAUUUAGAGCUAGGGGCAGGCCAUCUAUUCCUGCUUGACUUUCUUCAAAGAUGCCUUAGAUCUCUUUCUCGUUCGAGGUGGGAGUAGGCAGUAUGAAAUACUGGAUGUUGAAUUAUCAAAAAGAUGAUAGGCAGGCUCUGCCUGCUACUAGUCGAGCAAGGGCAUCUGAUCUCAAGACGAGGCUUUUUAAAAGGGGGCAUGGCAGUGACUAUAGCUGGGAACUUCUCCCUCCUCUUAGAGGUGGGUGGGCCAAAACUCAUUGAAAUGAGACUCCGAUCUGCCCGAACUUAGUCCAGUCCUAUUAGAGAUGGAGGCGAAUCAAGCAACUCUUAUAGAUGGAUGGGAUAGGAAGGAAGAACCACUGAUAGCAUUUGCAACUGCUUCUUUCCGAUCGAUAUACAAGGGGUUGGACGGGACGGUUCUUCUUUCCGUUUUUUUACGUGGCAAGAGAGGUUUAUUAUCCAAUAGCAGGUGCUACUUUUUGAGGGUAGGGGCCCACUCUUUCUUCGAAAUAGUAUAGGAACAGCGGAUACUACUAGGGAUGGGAAAGCUGCUCCUGCGGUUUCUAACCCAAUUAGUUAGUUAGGGCUUUGAAGUAGCCUUUCCACCGGGGUUGGAAACUACUAUUGAUCGUUGAACUGGGGCUUAAAGAGAGUAAGCGCUGUGUUCCCUUGGAAUUCAAAAAACAAACUAAAACUAAUGAAUAGCCUGUUGAUUGCUUCCACUUGGCUCACUAGGAACAUGGAUUAUUGGUCUACUGGUUUGGCACUCCAGGAAAUAACCGAAAGCUGGUCGGCGGGGCCAAAAAAUUAGGUUUCUUACUAUCAUAUGGAGUAGUAUAUACUAAAAAAAAACAUAAAGAGAUGAGAUCAACUCAUCAAAAAAGGAAAAAAAAACAACAAGGUUCGAUGUAAUUGAAAGGAGCGAAGCGAAAAAAGGAACAUGUACGUAAAAGUAAAAAAACCAUUCUGAACGAGCACACCGAGAACGAACGAAAGAAACCUGACCUGGAAAACGUUCCAAUCUCCUAUAGUAUCUUCUUUAAAAAAAGAGAGAAGAGAAAGAACUGGGAGUUGGCGCCUGGUUGCUUGCUUACCAAGCGAUCCUGGCUUUUCGCUCCUCUCCAACCAGUCGCUUAAAAGCUCCUCCAGUUCGAUUCUUAUUCUUGACUUAACUUAUUAUUAUAAAAAGUACUCACUAUCAAAAUGAAAGACGAUCGAUUAUCUACCCAAGAAGAUAGAGAGUCCCACAUACGAGAAAAGGUCACAAAUAGAGUUGAACCAAGUAACAUUGCAAAGGCAUAAUGAUA